UUGGCAGAGGAGAGUGCGAGUGCUGAGACAGACAGAGCCAGCCUGGUCUGUCUCCCACCUCCAGCAGCAUCUGCUGAGCUAUGAGCAAGACCAGAGAUUUGCAGGGAGGAAAAGCUUUCGGACUGCUGAAGGCCCAGCAGGAAGAGAGACUGGAUGAGAUCAACAAGCAAUUCCUGGAGGAUCCCAAAUAUAGCAGUGAUGAGGAUCUGCCCUCCAAACUGGAAGCCUUCAAAGAGAAAUACAUGCAGUUUGAUCUGAAUGGAAAUGGAGAUAUCGAUAUCAUGUCCCUGAAGCGAAUGCUGGAGAAACUUGGGGUCCCCAAGACUCACCUAGAGCUAAAGAAACUAAUUGGAGAGGUGUCCAGUGGCUCUGGGGAGACGUUCAGCUACCCUGACUUUCUCAGGAUGAUGUUGGGCAAGAGAUCUGCCAUCCUAAAAAUGAUCCUGAUGUAUGAGAAGAAAGCAAGAGAACAGGAAAAGCCCAUUGGUCCCCCAGCCAAGAAAGCUAUCUCUGAGUUGCCCUGAUCUGAGGGGAAAGGGGGUGUGGCGGGACUGAAGGGGCUUCUAAUGACUGGGACAUGGAAAAAGAAGACAGAAUUGUGAGCCAGAGUCAAACUGAAUUAAAUAAAUUAUCCUCCCCUGUCAGAUCAAA